AUGUCUAAGUCCAGUGUUAUUGAAAUUGAUACAAGCGAUUCAAUUGACAUCAACGUAGACUGGUAUGAACCAACGCCAGAGGAUCUGGAAGCGGAGGAAAGAUUUUUGAGAUCAAUGCGUGAACCCCGCGCUUCGGGUGACAUGUCAACACCGAAUAAACAACAUCCUGUGCGUGAAGUGGGGGACUGUGGUCAUUCGGAAAUAAAGAGUGAAAUGUCCAACCGAUAUAAAGCAUCCAAUGGCCGACAAAUCGAGAUCGACUUUCUUGAUUCUGCUAAUGUUCAGAAGUACGAAAAACUAGUUAAAAGUGACCAAAUAAAAUCCCCGUUCAAAAGACGGCUGUCGGGUGCUUCAAGUAGCGAAGAGGACGAUAAAAGCACUACAGCAAGGAUUAUUAAGCGAGACGGUCCCAGCGAUCAACACAGUGGACAGUGGAAAAAGAGCAAACAGCAUGAAAACGAUCACGGUAAUGGCCGAUUGCGACGAGAGAGCUCAAGCUCUGGUGCUUCAAGUCAAAACAGUCUCAAGCAGGCAGAAUAUGAGACGGAUGAGGCAGUCCUAACUCGACGCCAAAAGCAGAUCGAUUAUGGAAAGAACACUUUAGGCUACGAAAACUACAUCCAGCAAGUGCCAAGACACCAACGCACCAAAGACCACCCAAGAACUCCACAGAAACACUUAAAAUACAGCCGUCGGGCAUGGGACGGGCUGAUACAAGUGUGGCGCAAAAAGCUGCACUGCUUUGAUCCUGCUGAAUAACCGUUGAAAGGGCAUCGAUUGCUAUUCACAAAUCC